UGUGUGAAUUCCUCUCUAUGCGGGAGCUGCCUCAGGCUGCUCAGGCAGGAACUUUUUCGCUCAUCGUCAUCAUGUACCGGACGUUGUAUACGUGCGAGGGACCACAACGGGGACGGCGCACCUCCGAGAUCGUAAUUUUGGAUCAACCUUUUUUUCCCCUCGAGUGGCUCGCGAUAUCGCGAGAUGGAGGCGGGUGACCAACCUCGGCCUGAUAUGAGGGAUUAACCUAGAGCCAGGAGAUUUUCCAAGGUCCGACCGUAUGUAAACAAGGCACUCAAACUGUAUUCAACACCUUCUACGCAGAGUCGCAUUUGACAAUCAGGAUGUCUCGUGUACUGUUGUCUCGCAAUCAAGCGUCGCUGUCAAAGUGUAUGUUGCUUAGAAACGAAUGCAGGCAGAUCCAUCAUUCCUGCAAAAUCCUGGUGGUGGGAGGUGGCACGGCUGGCUGUUCGAUGGCAGCAAAGCUGUCGAGAAAGCUGAAUGAUCCGAAGCAAGUGAUCGUGCUGGAACCCAGCGAUGUGCAUUAUUAUCAACCCUUGUUCACUUUAGUUGGAGGUGGUAUCAGUCCUUACGCGUCAUCGAGAAGGUAUAUGAAAGAGGUUCUGCCAAAAGAAGCAAAGUGGCUAAAAACUUCUGUCGUCGGGUUUCAGCCAGACGUUAAUAAAGUAUCGACGCAUCAUGGAGAUACUAUAGAAUAUGACAUUAUGAUCGUUGCGCUUGGCCUGCAGUUGUACUGGGACAAAAUUCCAGGUCUGACGGACAGCAUACACGAUCCUGACGCACAAGUCUGCUCUAUCUACGGGCCCGACACUGUGCCUCAAGUUUACCAGAAGAUAAAAAACACCGGACAGGGAACCGCGAUAUUCACGUUUCCGAAUACUCCAAUCAAGUGCCCGGGCGCACCUCAGAAGAUCGCCUACAUUGCCGAGGACUACUUUCGCAAACGCAAGUUACGAAAUGGCAUCGACGUCGUGUACAACACAGCAUUGCCGGUUAUAUUCGGAGUUAAGAAGUACGCCGAUUCUCUCUGGGGCGUUUGUAAGCGGAGAGACAUUACCGUUAAUCUACAGACGAAUCUGGUGAAGAUAGACCCGAGCAAAAGGCAAGCCACGUUUGAGAAACUAAGCUCACCGGGAGAGACAUUGGUACAGGAGUACUCUCUUCUCCACGUGACGCCUCCGAUGGGACCGGCUGCAGUUUUGAAGGAACAUCCAGCGCUGACUAACGAAGCCGGAUUUCUCUGCGUCGAUCCGAAGACGCUGCAACACACGAAAUAUUCGAAUGUGUUCGGCAUAGGCGAUUGCACAAACACACCGAAUUCUAAGACAAUGGCCGCAAUAGCCGCGCAGGGAAAAGUGUUGUACCGGAAUAUAUUGGAUGAUUUGGCCGGCAAACCAAUGACAAUGGCCUACGAUGGUUACGCGUCAUGCCCGUUAGUUACCGGUUACGACAAAUGCAUUCUGGCCGAGUUCGACUACAAAAUGCAACCAAAGGAGACCUUCCCGGUGGACCAAGGAAAAGAAUUCUACGCUAUGUUUUUGCUGAAGAAAUAUAUGUUCCCGUUCAUAUACUGGCACUUGAUGUUGAGAGGGUACUGGAAUGGACCAGAAUUCUUCCGCAAACUCACGAAAGUUCUGAAGAAAGAUUAGUGAUCGUAGAAAAAAAAAUCCGAAAGGAAAUAUGCUUUUAUGCCUUUUCCUGUAAUUAACCAGUAAAGAAUAACUCGUGUUUCUAGUUCUAAUAUCGUUAAGGCCAUUGCACGAAACAAAGUUUUAAUCAUAAUCGUAAGGCCGUAAGAAAAUAGACUAAUCACACUUGAUUA